GCACGCCAGGAAGCAAGUAAGUAAGUACGUACUUCUCUACUAGCAUUUUUGGGAGAAGGAAAUACACAGCGGGAUUCUAACUCAAGUUCAGCUCGUUUCUCGAGGUUAGGGAACUGCUUUUUGAGUACUUUGCAGUCGAGUCUUGAGAAGUGCUUGACUCCUUUGAAGAUUCCAUCACUGACGCCUACACACAAAUAACACGAAACAGCCUCUCACAAAGAUUCUCCUAUUCACCCUCACCUCACCUCGAAAAUCCAAAAAUUCAAAAGUCUAAAAUGCCACGCCACCAAACCUCCACUCCCACACCCACACCCAGCCCCGACAGCCGUUGGGAAUCUACUCACAUUUCAACCCUCGACAUCGAUUUAGAUAUGCCUCCUCUGUCUGCUAUCGAACAACAAGAAGGAGAUGAUGAUGAUGAUGAUGACGACGAUCUGCCUCCUCCUUCAAAGAAGUUCUUGGAGAAGAAGAAGAUGAUGAAGAUGAAAGAGAAGGGGACGGGGAAAGAGAUGAUCAGAGGGAUGGGGAAGGGAGAGGGAAAGGGAGAUGGGGAGGGAAAAGGGGAGGGGAGUAGCAAGGUGGGUAGGAGGAAGGUUAAGGCCCCCUCGCCCAUCCUCCCACCAUUUCCACCCCCACAACCACCGCGCUCAUUCCCGCCUUACUCUAUCCUAUCUCCCCUCUCUCCUACCACUCUCACGACCUACUCACCACUCCCAAUCCUCUGCUGCGACCUCGCCAAAAAGACCUACCACCCCAGCAGCCGCUUCCCGGAACACUCCCACAUCCCAUCCGAGAACAUCACCCCACUCCUUAACAACUUCAUCUCCUUCGCUCGGGAGACCGCCUACGGCCGGAUCAUAGACAUCACAUCUCAACUCGAAAACGAAAACCGAUUUUUGAUUGUCGUGCAGGAAGUAGAGAGACCAGGACCGGUGAAUACCGCUGGAGCGAGGGAGAUGGAUAUGUGUGCGCCGAGGUACUUUUUGCCUGUCAUCUUGAAGGGUAAGGGUGAUGGUGCCCAUGAUAAUAAGAAUGAUCAUGAUAACGAUCUGGAUAUGCUCACCCCCGAAUCCAACACCGACAAUACCAAAGGCGAUGAUAAGUCCGCAACAGGAAUUCCCAAACACACCUUCUCAAUCACAAGCCACACCACUCAGACAAUCCACACACUCACCCGCUCACUCAUCGACAUGGAAGACGAGCUCGACGACCAAAGACUCGCUUCCUCCCUGCUAGUACAGGCUCUCACCCCGGCGUUUGCGCGGACGUAUCCUUGGUCUGACGAUCCUGCUGUGAGGGAGAGGGAGGAUGAGAAGGUGGAGUGGGAGAGUGGUGAGGGGGGGUUUAGAGAGUGGGGUGUUGUGGAGGGGGAGGAGGAGGGUGGGAAGGAGGGGAAUUUGGGGAAGUUGUGGGAUUGGAUGCCUGUUGAGGGGAGGAGGGGGAGGAUGGAUGUUAAGUGUUUGGAGUGUGGGAGAGAGUGGGUUUUGAUGGUUAGAGAGAGGGGGUUAAUGAUUUGAUGGCGGAUGUGAGAGGGAGAGCGAGGGAUAUUUGAAGAAGCGAAAAUGGUAUUUCAAGGGCGAAGUGUAUGAUAGGCAUAUCGGGAGGAGUCUGCGGUGCGCUUUUCGCCUUCUACAAAUGCGGAGAUUUUCCGAGAAGGUCUGACGGUUAAGCGAGCAAUAAACAAUUCACAACAAUUUCACUUAAUAA